AUGGAAGACGCAGUGAUAAUUGAGGCGUAUCCUUAUCAGAAAUAUUCGUACGAUACGGACGUGAACCGAUGGACUUCAAAACGACUUGUCACGGAAAUUUUGAAGAAAGGUCAACGUUCUUUAGCCUUUCGACUCUCCCAUCAAAAGAUAACUGGGCGUCAAUUUCUUCAAUUAGGUCUCAAAGAUCGUGAAGAUCUUCGCUUGACCCCAACACUUUCAAACACUUUAUUUAAUGAAGUUGAUGCUUAUAAGAAAAUUAGUUCAAUCAAUGUUAUUCAAAGAGCAAUUAGAAAUUAUCAAAUUAUGCCGAAAAAGAAUGAACAUGAAUAUAGAGGAACUGUUGUAGCUGAAAUUUUGACGACUGAACGAAACUAUGUUGCAGGACUCACACAUGUCAUUGAAGACGUCAAAAAACCGAUUGAGAAAACACCAAUACUCACCGAGACAGAAAGAAAAACAUUAUUUUCGAAUAUUGAAACUGUCUGCCAGACAAACAAGGUGUUCUUACAAGACAUGUCGAAGAAAGUUCACUUCUUUAAUACCACAACAUGUAUAGGAGACACUUUUCUGACCUUUAUUCCAUUCUUGAAAGUCUAUAGUGAGUAUUGCAGUAACUUCAGACACACAACGGAGCUCCUCCCGUUAAUUAAGUACCCACACAAGUUCUCAAUUUUUUAUUCAGAGAUGCAGAGAAAGAAUACAACUUUCAAGACGUGUUCUAUGUUAGACCUUUUAAUCACACCAAUACAAAGACUUCCACGGUACGAGUUACUCCUUAAAGACUUAUUGAAACACACUGAAAAGAGUCACGUCGACUAUGCCAACAUCAAAAAGGCGUACGACCAAAUCAAAGUAGUUGCAAAUCAAGUGAACGAGACUUCCAGACUCUCCGAAUUAGUCGAAGAGGCGAGCGGAUAUAUUGAUAAGACUUUGCAUAUACCAGAAGGCGUGGAAGUGUUACCACAAGGCAGAAUAUUGGUCAAAGCCGUUAAAGUGAAUGGGAAAGGAGGAAGAAAGUACGUGGUAUUAGUCUUCAAUAACGCACUGUGUGUGUUGAAAGAGCAAGACGAAGAUACCAACUCGGAGUAUUACACCUUCAAAUUCCUGUCUGAUUACACAAAACUUGCUCUCGUCAGUGAUCCGAAGAACCAGAAGAAUGAAAAUGCAGUGAAGAACCUUAAAUUGAAGAAUGACGAAAUCACUCUUAUAACAACUUUUAAAACGGAAGAGGAAUUGAACUCGUUUAAGGAACUUGUUGAAAAAGAGAUGGACAAUUAUAAAAAGAAAAAAAGAGAACGUUCAUCUCUUUCUCUGUUGGAUUAA